AUUGUUGAGACUUCCCAUAUAGAAGUUGCACUACAUCCAUCCUCUUACUUACGAGCCAGCACAUUCUACUUAGGGUGUGGGGUUAUUGGAUGCAACCUUGGUGCCAAUGGAGGCACUGGCAAGAGCUCACAUGACCUAUGCAACAUUACAGAAGAGAACCUGUAUUUGAACCUAGGGUUUUGCCAUGGUCUUUGCAAGAUGACACUCAUAACAGUGCUUGGAGAACACACAGUGUCAUUACAAUGGAGGCGUGACAGUCACUCCACAAAACAGACAGCUGUUGGCUAUCUCUUCAUUGUUUCCUUUACCCAAUGCACUGCGGAAGGAUCCCUCUAAGGAAGGUCAAGUCCACCCGAGAAAACCUCAGGGAAAAAGGCUUGCUGAAAAAUUUCCUGGAAGAACAUCCUCAUGACCUGAUCCAGAACCACCCGACCGAAGAUUCUGCCCCUCAGAAGAAUAUCUCUCAACAACCCCUGAGAAACCACUUGGAUUCGGUCUACGUGGGCAACAUCACCAUCGGAACACCCCCCCAGCAGUUCAGCAUGGUCUUUGACACGGGCUCAUCUGACACAUGGGUGCCCUCCACCUACUGCCAAAGCAUGGCCUGUGUUACACACAACACCUUCGACCCUUUUCAAUCCACCACCUUCCAGUUGCCAGGCAUCGUCAUCGAUCUGCAUUACGGCUCUGGGACAAUGACCGGACUCCUUGGCUAUGACACCAUUCAGAUGGGGGACCUUAUCAUCAAGAACCAGACAUUUGGCUUGAGCCUGACAGAGGAUGACAUGGUCUUUGAACAUGCAAUCUUCGAUGGCAUCCUAGGCCUGGGCUAUCCCAGCCUCGCCAUCAAAGGGACCACCCCCAUCUUCGACACCAUAAUGAAUCAAAGCCUCAUUUCUGAGCCUGUCUUUGCCUUCUACUUGAGCACCGAAACAGAGGUAGGCAGCAUGGUGAUGUUUGGCGGCGUGCUCGACUGUUACUACAAAGGAGACCUCAAGUGGGUGUCCCUGUCGAAACCCCACUACUGGCAGAUACCCUUGGAAAGGAUCAGCAUGAAAGGGAAGAUUGUUGCAUGUAAACGCGGUUGUCAGGCCAUCGUGUCUACUGGGACCUCGUUGAUGAUUGGCCCAAGGAAAAAAGUCUACAACAUCCAUAGGCGCUUCGACGGCUAUUACCUCCAGGACCUGGUGAAGGAUCAGGCUACAGGUUCAUUCGGGGGCUCUUCACACAAUCAGGAUAAGGUGUACCAACCUCUCUCCCCUUUUCUCCAACAGUACGUGAUCUCAUGUAGUUACAUGAAGACCCUCCCUGACAUCGUCUUCACCAUUGAGGGCAUUGACUACCCAGUGCCAGCUCGAGCCUAUGUCCAAAAGAUUGCUAGGGGAAUGUGUGUGAGUACCUUUGAAGGACGAAGAAACAAAUCCAUUCGCAAUGAGGUCUGGAUCCUGGGGGAUGUCUUCUUAAGGUUGUACUUCACCGUUUUUGAUCGAGGACAGAACAGGAUUGGCCUGGCUCCCGCUGUAUAAAUGCUGGGGCUGCUUCCAGAAACAAUCAGGCCCAACCCCCAAACACACAUUCCCUCACACCUAGGGCAUUCUCGCUCAGGGAGUGCGGCUUGAACAGGCUUUGCUGCUCAGCAAAGCAAUGUUCUCAGUGAAGAAUAAAGGAUUGCCUUUGCAACCAACUGGGGCCGCUCUCUGAGUCAGGGUGAUGAUUCAUGAUCAUGCAGGACUUGACGACAUAGUCUGAACCACAAGUGAGAGGAGCCCACCUCCACGAGAUUUCCAAAGGAAGGGCAGACUUC